CCAUCGACUCAAAUUUGGAAAACGUUGGCCCGAUUUACAACAACCGCAUUGAGAUUUCCAUCUUCUUCAUCACUUACCUCAUCCUCAUCGCCUUCUUCAUGAUGAACAUCUUUGUGGGCUUCGUUAUCGUCACCUUCCAAGAACAGGGAGAGCAGGAGUACAAAAACUGCGAGCUGGACAAAAACCAGGCUUUGCCAUAUGUGGCUCUCCUCAUCGUUAUGCUGUUCUUUAUCUAUGCCGUCAUCGGCAUGCAGGUGUUUGGCAAAAUCGCACUAUUAGACGGUACCAUGAUCAACCGUAACAACAACUUCCAGACGUUUCCUCAAGCUGUUCUACUGCUGUUCAGGUGUGCCACAGGCGAGGGCUGGCAGGAGAUCAUGUUGGGCUGUUUGUACGGUCAACGUUGUGACCCCAAGUCAGAAUACCUACCUGGAGAGGAGUACACCUGCGGCUCUGGAUUCGCUAUUCUCUACUUCAUGAGUUUUUACAUGCUCUGUGCUUUUCUUAUCAUUAAUUUGUUUGUUGCUGUGAUCAUGGACAACUUUGACUAUCUGACCCGUGAUUGGUCGAUACUCGGUCCGCAUCAUUUAGACGAGUUCAAGAAGAUCUGGGCUGAAUAUGACCCCGAGGCAACGGGGCGCAUUAAACACCUGGAUGUCGUGACGCUGCUGAGGAGAAUCCAGCCACCGCUUGGGUUUGGAAAGUUUUGCCCCCAUCGUGUUGCCUGCAAAAGACUGAUUUCCAUGAACAUGCCUCUGAACAGCGAUGGAACCGUGACGUUUAAUGCCACGCUGUUCGCUCUGGUCAGAACUGCACUGAAAAUUAAAACCGAAGGUAAUUUCGAGCAGGCCAACGAAGAGCUACGUGCGAUUAUUAAGAAGAUCUGGAAACGCACCAGUAUGAAACUGCUUGACCAGGUCAUUCCACCAAUCGGAGACGAUGAGGUAACAGUGGGGAAGUUUUACGCCACGUUCCUGAUCCAGGACCACUUCAGGAAGUUCAUGAAGCGCCAGGAGGAAUAUUACGGAUACCGGCCCAACAAGAAAAACAAGAACACCACAGAGAUUCAGGCGGGUCUGAGGAGCAUCGAGGAGGAGGCUGCGCCUGAGCUUCAGCGGGCCAUUUCUGGAGAUCUUCUGAACGACGAGGAGAUGGACCGAGCCAUGGACGAGGCCGGAGAGGAGGGGAUCUACCGGCGAGCAGGUGGCCUGUUUGGAAACCAUGUGGAUCGGUUCACGAUGGAGAGAGGAACCCCGAUGGCCACCCAAGGGACCAGCCAGCGCCCCCUACAGAUCGCGGACAGCAGAGCGGAGGAGACGGAGGCCUCGGCUGCAUAUGUUCAUUACCACGCCAACACCAACACCAACAAUAACACAGCCAGACAGAGCAGACGUGAGCUCCGUUUCCCAUCAUGCAUCAGUGCAUCCAGACAGCACGGUCCAGUGAGUGCAGCGGAGUUCCUCAUCCAGGAGGCUCUGACCGCCGGAGGUUUGGAGAGUCUUGCCAGCGACUGGCGUUUCGUGUCCGUGACGAAGGCAGAGAUGGCCGAGGCCCUUCACGUGGAUCUCGCCGUGCUGGAGCGGAAAUCAGCAGCCGUUCUUAACAAACGUAAAGGACAGUGUGUGUCCAGGAAGAGGGAGACGCUUGUGUCUCGUCCAGAUAAUACACACUGCCAGGUGUAACCAUCAUCAGAGGCGUCUGGUAGAGCGGAAUUAAUAGGGCUGGGUAAAAAACAUCUCGAUAUUAAUCGAUUCUCAU